AUGUCUUCAUUCGCUGGCGAUUGUGAACAACCGGGUCAUUCUGGUGAAAUUACCCAGAAAGAGGCUGAUGCGGGCAUUCUUCCUUCUCAUGGCAUUUCUAUCGAUAUACCAGAUAAACUUGUCGAUGGUCGUCCGCCUAUGGAAACACUUGAUGCAAGAUCCGAGUACACGAAUAACGAAAAAGACGGGAGAGCUGAACACCAUAUUAAUCAAUAUAUCAUCAAGGAUGAAAUUGGCAGGGGCUCGUUCGGGGCUGUUCAUAUAGCAGUGGAUCAGUACGGAAGGGAAUUUGCAGUCAAAGAGUUCUCCAAAUCAAGGUUACGGAAAAGAGCACAAUCGAAUAUCCUUCGAAGACCGCAUUAUGUUAGACGACCAGGACAUCUCGCAGCAGGCAGUGGCCUCAAUUCUCCCUUACAUCGCCAUUCGGCCUCCGAUAUCCACAUUAACGAGCAACAAGGAAAUCCUCUAUAUUUGAUAAAAGAGGAAAUCGCUAUCAUGAAGAAAUUGAACCAUCCGAAUCUUGUCAGUUUGAUAGAAGUACUGGAUGAUCCCGAGGAAGACUCUCUUUAUAUGGUUCUAGAGAUGUGUAAGAAAGGAGUAGUUAUGAAGGUUGGGCUUGGAGACAGGGCAGUUCCAUAUGACGUUGAAAGUUGCAGAUGCUGGUUCAGGGAUCUAAUACUUGGCAUUGAAUAUCUUCAUGCUCAAGGCGUCGUGCACCGGGACAUCAAGCCGGAUAAUUUGCUGUUAACUGAAGACGAUGUGCUGAAAGUUGUGGAUUUUGGAGUUUCGGAAAUGUUCGAGAAGGCCUCAGAUAUGAUGACAGCCAAAUCCACCGGAUCUCCAGCUUUUCUGCCACCCGAAUUGUGUAUCAUGAAGCAUGGCGAUGUCUCUGGGAGAGCGGCUGACAUCUGGUCCAUGGGAAUCUCACUAUAUUGUCUGCGUUUCGGCCAUAUACCUUUUGAGCAAACCGGAGUCCUUGAAUUAUACGAGGCGAUCAAGAACGAUGAGAUUGAAUACGAGCCAGAUCUCGACCCCGAGUUUGUCGAUUUAAUGAAAAGACUUCUAGAGAAAAACCCUAAGAACAGAAUCACUAUGGAUGAAAUUCGCGAGCACCCUUGGGUAACUAAUAACGGUACUGAUAUUUUGCUAUCAAAAGAUGAGAACAUAGCAAACUUAGUUGAGCCGCCGAGCGAAAGCGAAGUCAAUCAUGCAAUAACUAUCAAGAUGAGAGGUCUUCUCGCAGUCAUGAAAGCCGUGAAGAAAUUCAAGACGAAAUUAGAACGAAAGACACCUAAUGCUAUUUCUGAGACAUUAGGGAAAGGUAUUCGUGUUCUACACCCAUCGAUGGGAAUGGAUGAGCAAAGAGAAUCCGCGCUUCAUAGGUCUAAAAGUGUAGAUCUCGAAGAUAGACGAUUAAUUGAGGGGGCGCUGGCUGCUGGAGGCGUCCAUCACGAUGGUACAUAUCCAUCAGCUGAUGGUAUUAGGACAAUUACGAGCAAGAUGGAUUCUUCCACGAUUGCAAUGGGUGAGGAGCCCAAAGACAAAGUUAAUUCACAUCAAGAAAUCACGAAACUUGAUUCAUCUGAUUCGACAAUAAAACAUCCCGAGCUUCAGGAGCAGCAUUCUGGUGACAAGGGACAGGCUCACGAUCCUUUGGACGAACAACCUUUGUACCUAGGUAUUGGUGCUGGAGUUGAUGACGACGAUUCUCUGGAUGCACCAGCACAAGAAUUGAUCGCUGAAUCUCCCACAGCAGCCGAUUUCAGCAUAUACGACACUGCGUACCAAAAGGAGGUCGAGCGAAUCCGUGCUGCUCAAGGACACACUGCCACUGUUUAUUUGACAAGACGAGUAGAUCACAAGAAAGAAUAUAAAGCCGAUCGUAACAUGAUUCGUUUGCCGCAUCAUGCAGAUAUGAAAGGUCGAAUUCAAGAAGGGUGGAAGGGUCUCCUGGAUCGCGCUCAGGAAAACAAAGAUGAGCUUACUAUCCAUGGGAAACUCACCGAAGGUCAUCAGGCCCUUUCAGAACUUGUUUCCAAGGCGGUGGAGAAUACGAGAAACAUAGGAAGAGACAUCAGUGAGAGGGGCGGGAUUACAUUUGACAACGUAGUGCAUGGGGCUAUGGAAAACCGAAAGGAAAAGGUUGAGAAAGAGGAGCGAGGGGAAGAGAAGAAACCAUGUUAG